AAGAUGUUAGGCCAACAGGGAAGCGCGGAGCCGCAGAUCUUGCCGGUCUCUCGCUGGGGUGUCUGGAACUGAGCUGCGGCAGGGUCUGGCUCCAGCUCGACUGCCCGAGGGGGUGUGCGUGCGAGCCGCGGAGGGUGUGCUCGGAGGCCCGCGCCGUGGCUGUGGCCGUGGCCGUGGCGGCUGCAGCCGCCUCGGGGAAUCUAAUAUCAGCUACCUGUCCCUGUCACUCUUGACACUUCGCUGUCAGGGCUGCAGCGCGGGGGGCGGGCAAAGCGCUCUCGUAGCUGUCCUUAUUGGAGGGGUAUCAAGGGGAGGGAGGGAGGCAAGAAAAGGGUCUUUGCCCAUUCUUGUUUCGCUUUGGAUCGUGGAAGUCGGCUCCCUAAAGAGGCUCGCAGCGGUUCCCUCCUGCCCACGUCCCCACGUCUGCGUUGGCCCCCCUGCCUUUCGGCUGCCGAACUCUUUUUGGCUGGAGUCUGAAGCUAGAGGAGACAGGGCUGGAGGAUUCGGCAGUUUGCGUUCCCUGGCUCUUUCAAGUCUCGGCUAACACGGGGACACUUGGCGCCUAGAGCGCUACCGAGAACCGGCGGCCACCGGGGCUCCACUGGCGGUAGCCCUGGACUCAUAGGGCUCCGCACUCCCUCGUCCAUGAACUGCAUGAAAGGCCCGCUGCCCUUGGAGCACCGAGCAGCCGGGACUAAGCUGUCGGCCGCCUCCUCACCCUUCUGUCACCAUCCCCAGGCGUUAGCCAUGGCUUCGGUCCUAGCUCCUGGCCAGCCCCGCUCCUUGGACUCCUCCAAACAUAGACUGGAGGUGCAUACAAUCUCCGAUACUUCCAGCCCUGAAGUCGCAGAGAAAGAUAAGGGCCAGCAAGGAAAGAAUGAGGAUGUGGGCGCCGAGGACCCGUCCAAGAAGAAGCGGCAACGCCGGCAGAGGACUCAUUUCACUAGCCAGCAGCUGCAGGAGCUGGAAGCCACUUUCCAGAGAAACCGCUACCCAGACAUGUCCACUCGCGAAGAAAUCGCCGUGUGGACCAACCUUACGGAAGCCCGAGUCCGGGUUUGGUUCAAGAAUCGCCGGGCCAAAUGGAGAAAGCGGGAACGCAACCAGCAGGCCGAGCUGUGCAAGAAUGGCUUUGGGCCGCAGUUCAACGGGCUCAUGCAGCCCUACGAUGACAUGUACCCCGGCUAUUCGUACAACAAUUGGGCUGCCAAGGGCCUCACGUCAGCGUCUCUGUCCACCAAGAGCUUCCCCUUCUUCAACUCCAUGAACGUCAAUCCCCUGUCCUCUCAGAGUAUGUUUUCCCCGCCCAACUCCAUCUCAUCUAUGAGUAUGUCGUCCAGCAUGGUGCCCUCCGCGGUGACCGGCGUCCCGGGCUCCAGCCUCAAUAGCCUGAAUAACUUGAACAACCUGAGCAGCCCGUCGCUGAAUUCCGCGGUGCCCACGCCCGCCUGUCCUUACGCGCCGCCGACUCCUCCGUACGUUUAUAGGGACACAUGUAACUCGAGCCUGGCCAGCCUGAGACUGAAAGCAAAGCAGCACUCCAGCUUCGGCUACGCCAGCGUGCAGAACCCGGCCUCCAACCUGAGUGCUUGCCAGUAUGCAGUCGACCGGCCGGUGUGAACCGCGCCCAGGGCGCGGGGAUCCGAGGACUGUCGGAGUGGGCAACUCUGCCCCAGAAAGACUGAGAAUUGUGCUAGAAGGUCGUGCGCACUAUGGGAAGGAAGAGGGGGGAAAAAAGAUCAGAGGAAAAGAAACCACUGAAUUCAAAGAGAGAGCGCCUUUGAUUUCAAAGGAAUGUCCCCAAGUGUCUACGUCUUUCGCUAAGAGUAUUCCCAACAGUUGGAGGACGCGUACGCCCACAAAUGUUUGACUGGAUAUGACAUUUUAACAUUACUAUAAGCUUGUUAUUUUUUAAGUUUAGCAUUGUUAACAUUAAAAUGACUGAAAGGAUGUAUAUAUAUCGAAAUGUCAAAUUAAUUUUAUAAAAGCAGUUGUUAGUACUAUCACGACAGUGUUUUUAAAGGCUAGGCUUUAAAAUAAAGCAUGUUAUACAGAAUCAGUUAGGAUUUUUCGCUUGCGAGCAAAGGAAUGUAUAUACUAAAUGCCACACUGUAUGUUUCUAACAUAUUAUUAUUAUAAAAAUGUGUGAAUAUAAGUUUUAGAGUAGUUUCUCUGGUGGAUGCCUUGUUUCUGAAACUGCUAUGUACGACCCAUCCUGUGUAUAACAUUUCGUACGAUAUUAUUGUUUUACUUUUCAGCAAAUAUGAAAAAAAAUGUGUUUUAUUUCUUGGGAGUAAAAUAUACUGCAUACAAAUUG